CAACCAAUUCGAGACAUGAUUUCGUCGAUAGAAGAGUCACAUUAUUUCGCGGAAAAAACGAAAAAGUACGUAAAUUUUGGUAGUACAACACCAGUAUCAGUAUCAACACCCGUCUUCUAAUUAUUGAUUUGUCGCAUUUUUUAUCGCCUUUUUUUUCAAUUCGUUUUCGUCCAAUACGAACAUCACACCAACACCAGAAUGAUGCCGACCGGCGCCAGCAACAAGAUCAGUUUCACUUUCGGUCGAUUGACCAGCGCCGGCGCGGCAAAGGUCUGGGCGCCGGGAAAGGCCACCGCCCCCGCGCCGAACCGAAAUGGGUCCACGACGACUCCCAACAAUGCUGGAACGGUUGUUCCUGUGGUGCAGCAAGAAGUUGUGGCUGAAAACCAAAUUCUUGCGCUGGAACAUCAAGCAGGAGGGGAUGCUGGUCGUACUACUGCCACUGGUAAUGUAGCAACUGCUACAUCCUCUACAGGCGGAGAUAAAAAUGUCAACAAUCACGUCCCACCAGAGCUGCAAGAACAUCAGGCCACAACAACGUCAUCUUUAAACACCCCCCGUGAAAAGAACCUCGCCGUGGUCCCCGCUACUUUGAAGAUCCCUCCACCCGCCCGCCCGCCGCCCAGAGUGCGGACGAAGCGGAGUGGGUUUGACGUGGGGCCGGGCGGGGAGAAAGUAGUUGUCAACACGGAGAACAAGCAACAAGCGCAAAAGAACAACGGAGGCGGGACUCCUGACGAGGCGACGAUGAGCUCCGAGAAGGUAUCAAACCACGAGAACAAGAGGCAAAAUCGUGUCACAACGGUGCAAACGCCUGCUCCUCCACCACCUGCCGCCACGGGCAAUGCGGGACCGCGGGCGAAUGUUUCGUCUAGCAAAAAUAACGUGGCGCCAACAAACUCGGUUCGUGAGGACGGGAAAAUAUUAACUCAGACCGCUGGGAACAACGAGUCUGCAAAGACGUCAUCUUUGUCCUUACAAAAGAACACGUCGGUUGUUGUACCUGCUCCGCCCCCACCUCCUCCGCCCCCACCUCCUCCGCCAGCCGCUAAACCGCCUACUUCUACGCCCGUCGCAACGACCUACGAUCCGGUGAAAACUGCGGAGCUGAUCGCACACCUUGAGCAGGACAUCGGGCCCAAGUGGAACUGGAUGAAGGAAUUACUCUGGAACCGCAACCGAUGCAUCCCGAACUCUGCCCCGACGCCGGACAACUUGCCCCGAUCUCCGAACGAACUUUUGGAUUACGUUUUCCACAUGAUUUUCGACAUUCACGAGCGGAUCAAGCAGGAGUACUCGCUGGAGGAGUUACCGGGGUAUCAAAUGUAAAAAUGUCUGGGUCUGGAAGAAUCCGAACUUGUGAUGCGUGUUGCGGAUCAUACAAAAGUCUGUGUUGCAUGACUUGCAAAAGGUCCCACUUCUAUCCAUGUUGAGAAGGCAUUUCUCAUGCAGAAUAGGCCGCACCAAGGGGCUGCAGAACCUGUGAUGCUAGGCCCUGCAUUCCAGACCUGGCGGAGCUUGAAAAACUGCAUGACAAAUCUCGGAAUCUUCCAGACCCAGACAUUUUUGCAUUUGAUACGGGGGAAUGGAUGUACAUUUCGGGCAUCAAAACCAACCCGAAAAUUGACCCGAAAAAGAUGUACUACUACAACCUCGUGCGGCAAUUUGUCACGUUGGAGCGGAAGGCGGUUUUUCUCGAUCCGUCGAAUUACAAUAACCUUCCCCACGCGGUGAAGCGGAUCCCCUUGGGGAUUUUCGAGGCGUUCAAGGCACAGGCGAACCACUUGGCGCUGAAUAUGAACGUCAAUAGGAGGUGGGCCCCCUCGUUCUCCUCAUUGGAUGUGGGCGGCUGCAUUGAGCAGCAAGAACACAAGCAACCGCACGACAUCCUGACACGAAAAAGAACUGCUGUAGUGUGUCAUGCCAAUUAGGUGUGGGAGGCACCGAGAGCACACUGAACACUUUUGCAUGGCGAAUUCUGUUGGGGAACGGAAAGAAAAUUGCGGCGCACUUCACUUGUGUUUAGCAUGACAAAGGACAGGGAUGAGGGGGAAUUGUGCACUGUGAUACUCCGUCCGAGGAAUGCUGAGGGAAGCAGUAGUAGCAGUUGUUCUUCAACCAUUGGAGGUUGUAGCACUGCUUCCGCGGCGUUGGCGAAAGUAAACGGAGAGCAUGCAGGUACCGGAGAUGUUGGUGGCGGACGAGAAAUAUUAGACGGAACAAGUACAACCAGAAAGAACAUCAAGCAACAAGCCGAAGUAAAGAAGACGAAGCCGUCACCGACGCUGCUGCAAAUCCACCCGGGAGAGUUUGAUGACGAAGAUGGUAAUAACGGUGAAAAGGAGUCCGAGUCUAAUGUGGUCAAGAAGCAAAUGCAAUUGCAAAGCCAAACUACGCCAAAAUCAAGCGCCGCUCUGACCCCACUUCCGAAAAGUGUAGGAACCACGUCGAGAAAUGCAGCUGCGCCGGCUCCGCGGCCGCGUCCACCUUCUUCCGCUUUCAACGUUUUGGAGGACAUCCGAAAUAAAAUCCUCGCGGGCAAGAGAGCAGAACUGGAAAACCGCAUUCGCAACAACGUUUUAGCGGGUCGGAAUCGCCGGGUGUGGGGGCCGCAAGGUGGGGAGAAUAGUAGUUCAUCCACCGGGAAUAGUAUUAACGCAGACAAUGGAGGAGGGGAUGGGGAUGCUAGUGCUGCGGGUGGUGGGCAAUCUGUCAUGCCGGAGGCAAAACGCCUGAAGAGAGGCGAAUAGAGGAAAGGCGCACUUCUUACCUGCUUCAAGCGGUCAUUCAUGAUUAGCCAAGGGGCUGUGUCGUGUGCAGUCCUACUGAGAAGAGAAUUUUUCAGACACCUAUUUGAUUUUCCACAAUUUUGAGACGUUGCUGCUGUUAGGUUUCGGACAGAAGGUUCCGAAGUUCUGUUGUGUUGCAGCAAACACCUAUUCCGAUUUCAAAGACACGAAGAAAAGAAGGAUAUAUCUCCGAACUCAUGUCGAUGUCCA